AUGGCUCUUCUUGACUGCAUCACAGAGAAGAUUGAAGGCAAAGCUAAGUUUGGUCCAGUAUGGAAGACCAGAUUUGGGCCCAUUCUCACUGUCAACGUAGCAGAUCCUAGUCUUAUCGAGCAGGUGUUGAGACAAGAGGGCAAACACCCCAUCCGCUCUGACCUCUGCUCCUGGAAGGAUUAUAGGGUGUGCCGGGGCCAUGCAUAUGGGCUGCUUACUGCGGAAGGUGAGGAGUGGCAGAAAAUCCGCAGCAUCCUAGGGAAGCAUAUGUUGAAGCCUAAGGAAGCGGAGUCCUACACAGGCACUUUGAACGACGUGGUUAGUGAUUUGGUCCGCCGGCUGGAGCACCAGCGGAGUCUCCAUGAGCAGCACGUAGUGAAGAAUGUGGCUGACGAGUUCUACAAGUUUGGAUUAGAAGGCAUCUCUUCAGUCCUCUUUGAAUCCCGCAUUGGCUGCCUAGAACCAAAAGUGCCAAAGGAAACGGAGACCUUUAUCAGCUCCAUCAACACCAUGUUUGUCAUGACGCUCCUCACCAUGGCAAUGCCCAAGUUUUUGCACCGGAUUUUCCCUAAGCCCUGGGAGAAGUUCUGUGAGUCCUGGGACUAUAUGUUUGAAUUUGCCAAGGGACACAUUGACAAACGCAUGGCUGAAGUUUCAGAGAAAAUAUCACAGGGAGAGGUGGUGGAAGGAAAAUAUUUGACUUACUACCUGGCUCAGGAGAAAUUGCCAAUGAAAUCAAUCUAUGGAAAUGUGACUGAGCUGCUCCUGGCUGGCGUAGACACGAUCUCAAGCACCAUGAGCUGGAGCUUGUAUGAGUUGUCCCGUCACCCCCAGGUGCAGGCGGCCCUCCACAAGGAAAUUACAGCAGUUAUGAAGGACAAUGCCAUCCCGACAGCAGCUGAUGUGGCCCAGAUGCCCCUGCUGAAGGCAGUGGUGAAGGAGGCUCUGAGGUUGUAUCCAGUGAUUCCCAAUAAUGCACGUGUCAUCUCAGACAGGGACAUCCAAGUGGGAGAUUACGUCAUCCCUAAAAAGACGCUGAUCACCCUCUGCCAUUACGCUACCUCACGUGACGAGAAGUACUUCUCCAAUCCCAACUCGUUCCAGCCAGAGCGGUGGCUGCGCAAAGACGAUGCACACCACCCGUAUGCCUCCAUCCCCUUUGGCUUUGGCAAGCGCAGCUGUGUCGGCCGCCGCAUCGCAGAGCUCGAAGUGCAUCUAGCUCUGGCUAGGAUCCUGAUGCAUUUUGAAGUGAAGCCAGAACAAGAAGGGAAUGUAGUGGGACCCAUGACACGCACCCUGCUGGUGCCAGAGAAGGAGAUCAACCUGCAGUUUCUGAGACGCUAAAUGAGCCAAAGCGGGACCACAAUUUGGGACUUCCUGUUGGGGCACGACUACAGCAUGGAACCUGGAGUUAAUCUGCCUAGCAGAGCUGGUGGCUGAUGUGUUAGAGAUUGCUUAAAGAGUCCCUCAUGUGCUGAACAUGGGAGGAACAGGUGCUGGUGACCGAGGUCUGCUAAAGGGGCAACCUAGGGUUACUUCAGCAGCAGUCUAUUUUACUGUGCCUCCAAGCUCAGUUUUGAGUGGCUCAGAAGAACCUCUCCAAAGCCAGUAUUCCCAGAAUGCAGAGUGCCAAAGAUAAGAGAACAGCUGUAGGAAGAGCAGGAUGCUUUGAGCCACUCAUGCCUCCUUGCUCUACUGCAGGGUUUCAGUAUUUCCAAAAUUGGACUUGAAGGCGGGAGAGGAUGGAGUUCAGCAUCCUCCCACCCAAUGACCAUUUUGUGUGCUUCUGUAUAGUGAACAGCAAAACCAUAAACAUGGUCAUGUAAAUGCCAUGGUUUUUAUUAUUAAUAUUAUGCAAAUCUUUUUAUAUUUAAUAUACUGCCCCAACAUAUUUAUAUUUUUAAAUAAUUUAUAGCAAGUUUUUAUUUUUGGCUGCUUCAGCCAUUUUUUAAUCAAAAAAAUAAACUAUUUUUGUGUGUGGGGUGGGAGAAUCAAAUGUUAUGCUCCAAAAGAGCUGAAUGCCAUUGUAUAUUUAAGAGCUACGGGAACAGUUUCUGUCACUAAAACUGUUCACUUAUGGCUGUUUCUUUGGUGCUAUAUUU